AUUAAAAUGGCGGCCAUAUCUGUUCUAAAUCGCAGCCGUCAUAUCACAAGAAACUUUCAUAAUCCUUGGAGAAUAUUAAAGGGGAAACGUUUUGUAUCAGCAGGUAAACCUUGAUUAUUACAAUUUAUUAGGAGAAUUUGUCUUUGUUAGAUGAAACAAGAGAUAUUACCACUGUGAUGACUCAAUCGACGAGACAAAUUACCAAGCUAGCUUAGCUCAUUGAGAGAUUCUUUUAAGCCUGUAGCACAAAAUAUUUCAUUUCUCCUUACGAACCAGCUUGUUAUUACCCUGCCUCCUUUGCAAACUGAGCCUCACCGAGCACCACACCAUCAAUUGGCACUUAUGGUUCUAGAACAAUUUGUUGAUGCCAAGUGAUGGUGUGGCCCCCCUGAAUAAGUGGUCACAAAACAAGCAAAGCACUGUGAAAGUAAGGUGUGGUAUUUGUUAAGAAUUUGACUGUAUUUUUACUUCCCUAGAGCUGUCAUAAAUAUUCCCAUACAGACUCUUAUAUUUUUUGCCUUGAGCCUUAUUUUGCAAGAUGAUUAUCUCGCAGCUGGAGCUUGGGCUACCUGUGUUUCAAUAGGAGAAAAUGAAAAAAGAGGAUUACAUUUUGUGAUUUAAGCAUUCUUAACUUUAUUUUAUCUUUCAAAAUAUCUUAACUUUUAAUGACUGCACAGAAGAUAUUAUAUGGAAUUUGUAUAAAUCUAGGCAUUCAGGUGAAGAUGAUAGCCAGACUCUCUCAUCCUUCUGUGAAAUCUUUGCAAAGCAGCAUCAUUUCACAGCAGGGGAUACAAAUCAGAACUUACCAGUAAGAACAGCAAAAAAAAUUUGUGUGGAUACAAAAUCAAUAUCUUGUAUAUGUUAUUGUUUUUACACAUUCAUUGUUUUUUUCUGUGAUUUGAAUUUUCUGUAGAAGAUUAAAUUUUGUAAUUUAAAAUUUUGCCAGAAUUUUUGUUUGCGUGUCCUUUAUUUAGUAAAAUUAAGUAUUAGUAAGGUAGAGGGGAGACUAAGCCAUUUCACAUUUUGUCCAAAAGGGUUAGAGUUUGAUGACGCCAUUAGCAACAGCAUCCCUGGUUGGGAGGAUGAUAUGGAAGAAAGCAACCAAUCACAUGAUGGAUUUCAGCUUUAUGAGUCACAUAUCCCCACAUCUAUGAUGCAGAAGGUGCUACUGACAACUGGGUCUGCCCUGAUGGCAUUGUACAAUCCAGCAAGAGCAGGUAAUGGACAUUGUUUGUUUGUAGUAAUGGUAUAAAUCUCCAUCCUGUGACUACUGAAGAUAACUACUUCUUACCCAGUCACCUUUGGAUCCUGAUAUGACAAACCCCUUUAUGAGAAAAACUGAUGACAGUAAUCAGCUUUCUUCAGUAAGGUUUCUUCACCCACUGCAAUCUUUAUCUAAGAAGACUUCAUCUGCAGAAAGUAUAAAAAAUACAGCCCAUUCUCCUAAAUUUUUUUACUCAGAAAGGUUGCCUGGCAUUCUCCCAGUUGAGUCAGCUAACCAGAAAAUGGUUAGUAAAAAUUGAUUCAGUUUUAUCCAAAAAUUUGAUGGUUGAUGUUUUAAAGUUGAUAUAACAGCAGCUGUUUGGAUGUGCUGGUAAAUUCUGAUCAUAAGGGGUGUGGAGAAGGUGCUUGAUUAAGGGGAAAGGGGUAAUCAUAUAUUCCUGACAGCUAAGGGGGAGGAGGGGGGGGAGGUGUAAGAGCCAUUUGAAAACUGGUCAGUGGUUUUCCAUACUUUCAGAUACCUUAGUGAAUGUGUGAAAAAAUUUCAAUAAAAUGUUUGUGGAUAUUGUAGAUAUGGUGGCAACACUAGGAGAGACAACAGGAUUCUUAGCACUUAAGAACAUGCACAAAAAAAUGCAAGCAGAUCCAGUUGGACAAGAGAUAUUACAGUAGGUGAAAAUGGUGUCAUGAGUCAAAUAAUUCAAGAUUUAUUUUUAAUGUAGGCCUCUGAUGUCAACCUUGUUAUGGAUAUGUUAAACUAAUUGCUGCUUUAAAUACUCUUGGUUGAGUGCCAUAUCUUGCCUAUAUUCAUGUUGAUUGGGUAGAAGUAAAAACCAGCCGAGCAACUAUUUGAGAGAAAUUUGAGGAAGUAAUUUCUGGGGUUUUUUGCAGUCUCUGUUUCUCACUUUCUGUUUAUCACCUUUGAUUACAUUUUACAACCUCUCUCAUUAAAUAAUUGGAUAGACAAGCCAUACACAUGUAAUAUAGUGAUCAUGAGGACCAUUGUUAGUUAAUUAAAAUUUGCCAGAUGCUAAACUAUUAGAGCAAUACCAAUUGACUGAAACUUGACUGAUAGUCAGCUUAUGAUUUAGUCAAGGUGUCAGCUAAGUAUUGGCAUAUUGAGACGAGAGACAUUAGUUAAACUUCACUUGCAUAUCAUUACCAGUUAUUAUUGGCUAGGUAUUGAUCCAUGUAUGAGUUGACCUACGUAUUGGAUGAUAUUUCAAAUGUUAGAUCAACUAAGGCUACAGUAUGUUGAGUACACACAAUCCAGAUUGACUUGAGCAUUUAUUUAUUACACUUGUUUUGUCUUGUUUAACUUAAAGAGAACGUCCUCGCAUAAACUCAUCCAUAAUAGACAUGACUAAGCUUCGACAACUUCCUGAUGGAUCAUUUGGAAGAGAAUAUGCCAGAAAUAUGGACACUAAUGUGAGUCUGUUCUUUAAUUAUGGCACAAAGUACUCUGUGAAAAGCAUGUGAGCUGUUGUGCAUCUUCAUUUACACAUAGUUAGCCUAAGUUUAAAAGUUUUUCCUUUGUAAUCCAAACUUAUGUUGUGUCUCAAGUAUUUCAAUAUUCCAACUUUACAAUGAAUUCAAUUGGCCAGGGGUAAAAAUAAAACAACAAAUGAACAAAGCAAAAAUCUUGGCAUUGUUCCCUUGAAUUAUUUCUGAAAGAAAGAGAGGAUGAUUAAUAGAGGAGGGGACAUUCUCACCUAUCUACCUUUUUGAAUGCCCUGGAUUUUAUGUCAUUUUCAAAGAUAAUGAAAUACAAUCAGUGUUUUCUCACCAAGGGAAAUAAAUGCACCAGCUAACAUGCUUGCCAGUGAACAAUGUAUUUAGUAUUGAUUUAAGUAUUUGUGAAAUCUCAUCAUUUUUCUCUAAAAUUUACUUAUUGUUCUUCUCUUCAUCUUUUUGACCAUUCAAAAGAAAAUUACAGCUGACAGUAGAGAUGAGGUAAGCACUGAAAUUUAAUCAUUCAACAAAUAAAACAAAGCCUUGUUGUAGUAAAAGUUACCAGUAAUCAAGUUGCCUCUUGUAAGUCAGUGAUAGUUGAGGAAAGUUGUGCACAGCUCAUGUUAUUGGAUAAGUGUUAUGCCAUAUAAUACAAAAAUUAUCAGGUGCUAAACUGCUGAAUUUAUCCAAUACAAGUGGAAAUUUGUAAUGAAAUCUUUGUCCCUGUGAUCAGUGGCAUGGAUUAAGACUUUCCUCUCCUUAAACAAGUCAAAUUGUCUCUCUUACAUGUCACCAUGUGGUUUUCUUAUACAUGUGGUUUUCUUAGUCAUAAGAUGAGAACUUCUGCUUCUAAUUCUUUCAGGUGAAGUAUGUUGAUGACAAAGAUCUUGCCUACGUAAUGCAAAGAUAUAGAGAAGUUCAUGACUUUGUUCACACACUGGCUGGCUUGUCCAUAAGGUUUGUGUCCUUGGUGUGUAUGAAAGAUGCUAAAUUUCUUCUUGCAAAGUGGCAAGAAUGUGCCAUGAACAAAAAUAAUAAUUUUCAUGGCUGCAAGAAAAAUUAGACUAAAAACCAACUGGACCAAAACACUUUACAUGUAGCCAUUUGUAAUUUGAAUAGAUUUUGUCUCUGAUCCUGUUUUCUGAUCAUCCAAGCAGGUGAUAGUUGCUCCUAAAAGAACUGACUGAUGUUUCAACAAACUAUUGUUGUCAUCAGAGUCAAUGAAAAUAUUCCAUAUUUCAAUAGCUAUUGUCUAAAUGUCAGUCACUGUCAUGGAGAGCAAUCUUUAUUCUUGAUGAACUGCUUUUGCAUUCAAACCACUAAAUUUUUAUAAUAAUAAUAAUAAUAAUAAUAAUAACAAUUUUUUUAAAUUAUUAUAACUAACAGUGUACCACAUGAAAUAGCUGUGAAGUGGUAUGAGAUGAUUCAAACAGGCCUCCCAAUGUGUGCCCUCAGCUCAUUUGUAGCUCCAAUUCGACUUACAGGGAGGUAAGUUGUGAUUCUGCCAUGAAUGUUUUAACUAUUCCCUUUUUUAAUUUAGUCUUUUGUGCCUAUGUUUCUUGUAUCUAGGAAGUAACCCAUUUCUCUGGCUUCACUUUAUUUUUGAUACACGUACAUGCAGUGUUUUCUGAUCCGUUAUCUGCUGUCAAUAGUCUUCCUUUCUGUGUUCAUUUACAGACAGAGGGCAGAACUAAGGAAGUACUACAUUCCCUGGGCUGUUUAUUGCGGAUAUCAAUCCAAGUUCUUUCUAAAUGUUUAUUUUGAAAAACACUUUGAAGAGCCUAUAGAUGAACUGCGACAAAGAAUGAACUUUGUUCCUGCUCCAAAAAUACCAAAGAAACCUGUGUAA